CUCUCUUUCCUGGCCGAUUACGCUGCGGUGUCAGCAGGACUGCGUGGACAGACUUUAAUAAAGUUUCUGCCCUGGUGGUUUCCCGGUCCAAACAUGGCCCCCAGCGCGCAACUGAAGGAGGCUAUAGCCGAUGUGCAGGAGGGGAUCCGUGCCAUUCUGCUCGGACCACCCGGUGCCGGGAAGGGGACUCAGGCCCCUCGGCUCGCAGAGCAGUACUGCGUUUGCCACCUGGCCACCGGAGACAUGCUCAGGGCCAUGGUGGCUUCAGGCUCUGAGCUGGGAAAGAGGCUCAAGAAGACGAUGGAUGCUGGCAAACUGGUCAGUGACGAGAUGGUCGUGGAGCUCAUAGAGAAGAACCUGGACACGCCGGCCUGCAGGAAUGGUUUCCUGUUGGAUGGAUUCCCCCGAACAGUCAAACAAGCAGAGAUGCUGGACGACUUGUUGGACAAGAGACGCGAGCAGCUGGACUCUGUGAUCGAGUUCUCCGUCGAUGACUCUCUGUUGGUCCGCAGGAUCUGUGGCAGACUAAUUCAUCAGCCGAGUGGCCGCUCCUACCACGAGGAGUUCAACCCCCCCAAAGAGCCCAUGAAGGAUGACGUGACAGGUGAACCUCUCAUCCGCCGCAGCGACGACAACGAGACAACGCUGCGCUCCCGUCUGGAUGCCUACCACCGGCAGACGGUCCCUCUGGUGCAGUACUACAGCGCCAGGGGCCUCCAUACGGCUAUUGACGCCGCCCAGAAGCCCAACGUCGUCUUCGCCUCCAUCGUAGCUGCCUUCUCCGCUGCCACAGAAACCGCCGCCCGUGUCACCGCCUCUGGUUGAAUCCUGAGCUGCUCCAUUUCCACCAAGGCGAAGGAUUGGAGCUGGAAAAAGAGCUCGGGUGGGUGGACAGAUGGAGGGACGGGGUGUAGGGUCAGACAAUGAGGGGGGGGGGGCAUUCCUUAAGACUUCAUGUAAGUUGAGGAUAAUUGUGUGGUGCGGUUGUCAGCAAAUUUCUUUUGAGCAAAGCUGUCUCUUUGUCAUAGUAAUCAUGUUUCCCCCUCCAAUAAAUCUGUUGCUUUUCUAAAUUAUCA